AUGAAACUAGCUCUUAAAGGUAAGAGUAAACUUGGAUUUGUGGAUGAAAGUUGUGUAAAGAGCAUGUACAAGAGAGAAUUGGCAGAGCAAUGGGAGAAAUGCAACACAAUUGUGUCGUCGUGGAUUAGAAAUACUGUUGCAAAUGAACUGAUGCCGAGUAUUGUAUUUACUUCAAAUGCGAAGAAAGUGUGGAGUGACUUCAAGAAGAAAUUCGAUAGAUGCAGCUUGACAAGGAUCUAUCACCUGUGGACAAAAAUAGCAACAUUAAAGCAAGGUAUUGAUUCUAUAAUCACAUACUAUUCAAAAAUGAUAGAUCUGUGGAGUGAAUCAGGCAGAUUGAGGCAGGUGAUGAACAUAUUGGUAGAUGAGAGCCAAGCAGCUUUUGUGCCAGGAAGAGGUUUGAUAGAUAAUGUACUGCUCAGUCAUGAAUUAAUUAAAAGCUAUGGCAGGAGAGGGAUAUCACCUAGAUGCAUGAUCAAGAUUGACAUGCAGAAGGCAUAUGAUUCAAUCGAAUGGGAAUUUUUGGAGCAGGUUUUAACUGGGCUGUGCUUUCCUGAAAUCUUCAUAGGAUGGAUUAUGGAAUGUCUCAAAACCAUAUCAUAUUCCAUUUCUAUCAAUGGAAGUCCUACUAAGCCAUUUGAUACAAAAAGGGGGGUGAGGCAGGGUGAUCCAAUGUCACCAUUACUAUUUGUCUUAGCUAUGGAAGGAGAUGAGGUAUCUAUCCAGCUAUUGUGUGAUUGUUUUAAUAAGUUCUCUAAAGCUUCAGGUCUUGUUGCAAAUCAGAGCAAAAGUUGUAUGUAUUUUGGAGGUGUUCCAGCAGAGAUACAACAGAGGAUUAUCCAAACAACUGGCUUUACUAUUGGUGAAAUCCCCUUCAAAUACUUAGGAGUCCCUCUGAGUGCCAAAAGAUUGUCUUUGAAUCAAUGCCAACCUUUAUUAGACAAAAUGCUGGGGAAAAUCAAGCAAUGGACAACAAAGUUCUUAAGCUAUGCAGGAAGAUUACAGUUGAUAAAGAGUGUAUUAAUAGCCAUCCAGAAUUUCUGGUCACAGAUAUUUCCAUUGCCAAAGAAAAUAAUACAGGUGAUUGAAGGGAUAUGCAGAAAGUUCCUCUGGACUGGAGAUACAAAUACAAAUAGGAAAGCAUUGGUAGCUUGGGAGAAAAUGUGUAGACCUAAAUCUAAAGGAGGACUGAACAUCACUAAUCUCAGCAUGUGGAAUAGGGCUGCCUUAAUAAAACACCUCUGGAAUCUGUGUAUGAAGAAGGACAAGCUUUGGAUAAGAUGGGUACAUGUCUAUUACAUAAAGGGAAAGAAUCCAUGGCAAGUGGAAGUGAAGCAAGCUUCAUGGAUAAGUAGAAAGAUAUUACAGGCUGGGAAAUACAUACAGGAAGCAAGGUUGGACAUCAAGAAGAUAUUGGGAUCUCAAUCAUACUCCAUCAGAGCAGUAUAUAAUCAACUGAGAGGAGAUUUUCCAAAGGAAGAAUGGAGCAGAUUAAUAUGUAACAACAAAAGUUGUCCACGAUGGAAAUUCAUACUGUACCUUGCAGUACAAGAGAAACUAUACACCAAGGACAGGCUGUGCAAUUGGGGACUACAAGUUGAUCCAGUAUAUGCAUUAUGUGAGCAAGAGCUGGAAAGCCAUCAACAUAUUUUCUUUCUAUGUAGAUUUUCAGCACAAGUAUGGGAGAAGCUUUUAACAUGGAUUGGUAUAAAGAGAAGAAUAACUGACUGGAAAGAAGAAUUAAAGUGGGCAGCUGAUCACAUGAAGGGGAAAGGGUCGAAAACAAUGCUGUAUAGAAUGUGCAUCACAAGCGCUGUCUACCAGAUCUGGUUGGAACGAAACAGAAGAAUUUUUCAACAGGAAAAAAGGAGUAGUGAAGCAAUCACAAGGCAGAUAAUUCAGGAGAUACAUUGUAUAGGAAAUAGAGAAAGUAGUUUAAGGGAAGAACUUCAAGUUUUAAACUUCUAUCCUUAG